AUGGGAUUGCUCAACUUCCCGCCGCCGCCGUCGUCGUCGCUCGAUUCGCCGUCUGCGGUCUCAGAGGUCUAUAGGAUCGCGAGCGCGAGCGAGCUCAAUCACGUGCUACAGCUCACCGUACCGCGAGGCGCAUCCGUGCGCUUCUAUGUCUUGUUUGGGUUGAUGGUAUAGUACGUGUUUACCUUUCAGUUUAUUUCAAUCAGGUCGCGUCAGUGCUUCUAAAGUUCGUCGCGAAGGCUCUUCGCUCUCAGCGAGGAGGCUGAUCGCGAUUGGGCUCGGCGCUGCGGAUCGAGUUUUCGUGGAAACUCAUGAGCCUCCUCUCGCUACCGGUCCUAAACAGUGGUGUGGUAUCGGGUCUCGCCUUUCUCAUCAUCACCUUUUUCGACUAUCAACGACGAGCCAAACGGAUGUGGAUGUUUCGAUUCGUACAUCGCCCCAAGGGGCGGUACAUCGUCGGCAAGUAAGUUUUAGGGAGCACGAGCAGGCGAUAGGAGGUCGCGAUGCUGUCAGGGGACGUGUGACAGGCGUCUUCCCAGUUUGCAUGUGACUUUCGCUGAUUCAAUUCAUUGCGCUCCACAGUCAACAUGUUGUGUUCACCACAUUCAGUAUCAUCAGCUGCCUCGUGCUCAUAGGGUUUGCAGAGAGCUCCCGGAGAGCCUUGAUCCUGCAUCGCGGCAUGGCCGAAGCAUUCUACUGGCGGAACCUGGUCUACAUUCCCAUCCUCGCGCAAGGAUGGGUGUCUUCGUUCUCGAUCUUGCAAGCGAGUGUCUUAGGAUCGGAGCGAGCACUCAACAAGCAGGUCUUGUCGCCUCGGGUGGUCAAUCUCGUCUACAUCAUCGGAAUUGUGGUCAUAUUGUCGGCGGCACUUGUGAGCUUUCCCACCUUCGAUGAUUAUCUACGUGAUCACGAAGACCCAUGUGUACUCUCAUUCCUUACUAGACACUCGACAUCUUCAUCGCCCGAGCUUGGUCCCAGGCAUGGAUCCAGUCCGAGGCAUUACGUUCACUGCUUACGACUACAGGCACCGACUCAACAAUCACCUCCGCCUCCCUCGUCGCUCGAACCACCUCGAUCUUGUCUAAGAUCCGAACGUUUGAGCGAACGGAACGAGCCGUAUGCUGUCUUUACAUCCUUGGCGCAGUAUGCUGUAUCUUCAUCAAUCUCGCGGGCCUUUCGUUGCUCUUGAUUCUGCGACGACAAAUCCGGUACAACUCGGUCAAGUUUGCCGGCGAAGUAAGAGAGGACGGUGAAGCCCAGGCACAAGAGAUGUUAGCUCGGACGCCAACGAAAAAGGUCAACCUGUGUUACCCUCACCAGGAUCGGAAGAUGUCAAGUGCGAGUGGCGUAUCCAAGAACACGCAGACGACGAGCCACAGUGGCACGACCGAAGGCAGCGGUCUUUCAAAGCUCAGUGGAACGACGGCCGCGAACAGCAUCAGCGCCCAAUUCGCGCGUCGAGAUUCGGGUGUGGACCCUCUGUGCAAACGGGCUGAAUUGCAUGCGCCUCCGCACAUUACCAUACCGAUGCACUCGCCGUUCAGUUCAAAAUUCUACAACUUUGACCCCUUCUCUAGGGACAACACCUCCCAUUCGCCUCCCCUCACUCCUCGUCGAGACUCGAACGCCGACCCGCUCUCCCCGUCCUCUGAUUCGGAACCCUCCUCACGAUCGAUGGUAUCAGAUUAUCGUCGCGACUCGGCGUUGAGCAACUGCUCCGCCUCGACUCUUCGACCCGGUUUCGAGCGCCGUCAAAGCCUCUUCCAUAAGGUGAUCUUCGCCCUGGCCCCAAAUGAAGAAGAAACGAACGAUGAUCCCGAGGCAAAACAAGCCGAGAAUGCGCAGGAGGAAAAGGCGAUGAAGAUGGCGACGACGGCGAGGUUGAGGGCCGAGGUGGAGAAGACGGAGCCGGAGGGUGCUGCGCAGCGGGAGUGGGCUAGGCAGUUGCUUGCGCUUAAGAGGGUCGAGUGGGAUCUCAGCGUGGUGAGUGACACACUUUGAAAGAAAAAAUCAGACCAAUCACUGACUUGUUCCACGAAACUACCUCUUGCAGUUCAUCGCCGUGAUCGUGUCACUCGCUGUCGUGCUCUUCUGCGUGUCGCUGUGGACGGCGAUCACCCCAUCUAGCAUCUAUCGAUCCGCCAUCAGGUAGGCAUUGUACCAUUAAUUUUAGUUAUAUUUUUGUACCAACACUAACGCGAUCUGUCUCCCUCGCCAUCUCAGAAUCGAAAUCUCUCUCUUCCUAUUUCCCUGGAUAUACCUCACCGUCGUCGCCAUCGCCCAUACCUCCCUCCUCUACAACGCCUACAUGAACCUCACCCCCAUAACACCCAUUUCCGUACCGGCCCACCACGUUUUCCUCCAUUCUGCUCGCGCGCAACUCAAGAGGGAGAGUAUCGAGUUGUUGGAGAAUGAGUUCGAUCUGGACCCUUUGGCGGAAUGGAAGGAGUUAUUAGGCAAGAUUAAUGCGGGAGGCGGUUUGGCGAUUUUAGGUUGGGGUAGGAGGUUCAGUAGUGCGAGUCAAAUCGAGGAGAGGAUCAAACCUGCUUCUUCGGGGUCUCCGAGAAGCGCGAAUGGUGGAGAGGAAGAAAGUGAGGAUGAAGAUGCAGUUGAGGGUGCGAGAGGUUUAAGGAGGUAG